GGCCGAGGCGGCAGGUCCGCAGGUCCGCUCCCGCCUCGCCGCGCACAGAGCGCUCAGUCCUCCGGCCGCCGCGCGACGCCACGGUCACUGGAGCUGCCCCGCGCCGCACCUCUGCGAGUCCCCCGCCGCUCCGCGCGCAGCAUGGCGCCCCCCCAGGCCCUCGCGUUCGGGCUCCUGCUCGCGGUGGUCACGGCGACGCUGGCCGCCGCUCAGAAAGACUGUGUCUGUGAAAACUACAAGCUGGCAACAAGCUGUUCUCAGAAUGCGAAUGGGGAAUGCCAGUGUACUUCCUACGGGACACAAAACACCAUCAUUUGCUCCAAACUGGCAUCCAAGUGUUUGGCGAUGAAGGCGGAAAUGACUCACAGCAAGUCUGGGCGGAGGAUGAAGCCGGAGGGCGCCGUCCAGAACAACGACGGGCUGUACGACCCCGAGUGUGACGAGCGGGGCCUCUUCAAAGCCAAGCAGUGCAAUGGCACCGCCACCUGCUGGUGCGUGAACACCGCUGGCGUCCGACGAACCGACAAGGACACGGAGAUCACGUGCCCCGAGAGAGUGAGGACCUACUGGAUCAUCAUUGAACUAAAACACAAAGAAAGAGAAAGCCCUUACGACUUGCAGAGUUUGCAGACUGCACUUCAGGAGGCAUUCACAUCUCGUUAUAAGCUGAAUGAGAAAUUUAUCAAAGGCAUUAUGUAUGAGAAUAAUGUUAUCACUAUCGAUCUGAUGCAAAACUCUUCUCAGAAAACUCAAGAUGAUGUGGACAUAGCUGAUGUGGCUUACUAUUUUGAAAAAGAUGUGAAGGGGGAGUCCUUGUUCCAGUCUUCUAAGAACAUGGACCUGAGAGUGAACGGAGAGCAGCUUGAGCUGGACGCCGGGCAGACUCUGAUUUACUACGUUGAUGAAAAGGCACCCGAGUUUUCCAUGCAGGGCCUCACGGCUGGGAUCAUCGCUGUCAUUGUGGUGGUGUCAUUAGCAAUCAUCGCGGGGAUCGUUGUCCUGGUUAUAUCUACAAGGAAGAAAUCAGCAAAAUACCAGAAGGCUGAGAUAAAGGAGAUGGGUGAGAUACACAGAGAGCUCAAUGCCUAACCUGCUGAGGGCGGAACUGAGGGAGUCACCCGACGGACGGCCAGUGGCAGAAGGACUCGGACUGCAGAUGUGUGAACCUGGGAAGAUGAAGACCUUUCAAGGUUACUGCUUUGUUAGUUAUCGCCACACAUUUGUAAUAGUGAAAUCUGUACUCGUAAAUACAAGCAGAUGGCAUUGGCAUUACCAGUCUUACAAUUAGAUGACUGUCUUACAAGUGCAGGCCCAGUGUGGGGCUCGGGACUUAGUCUGCAGAGAUAGUUCAUGCUUAUUGUUAGAGUGUACGUCACCUCACACACACACACACACACACGCACGCACGCACGCACGCACAGGAGAAUGCGAUGACUAGUCUCACUGUUCUGUGAUUAAGGCCGCCCUUCUAUAGACCUGAGUCUUGUACAUAAUAAACUUUUUUUAAUGAAAUAAAACAUUUUUAAACUGAGU